AUGGCCUUCGCUUUCCGUGCUUCAGCCCCAUUACUCCGACAACUGGUGCCCGCAACACGCGCGGGGCUUGACACGCCACAAGCGUUCUUGCAGAGCAUUGGCCGCAAGAUGGACACGAAAGUGUCGCCGGAGUCUUGGGACGAAUUGUUCAAGCUUGAGAGUGAGAAGUUGAAGGCGGAUGGUGUUGACGUGCGCGAUAGGAGGUAUUUGUUGUGGUCGUUAGAGAAGUUCCGUGCCGGAGAGGACCCGAAGAGCUUUGCGCACGAAGCAAGGGGGAAGAAGAAGAUUCGUGGACAUGGUCCGUCCGUGCAGGGUGGGAAGCGAAUCCGUUCGAGGAGAAAGCAGUAG